GUCCCAAAAGGGUGGGUCAUCUCUCUGCUGAAUCCUCUUCUAGAACUCCUUACUCCAAGCAACCUUCAUUUCUUUGCAAGGUGAUUUGCGAGCUGCUGUGCCUUGUGGUGAAAUCAUGUUCAGCUCUGCGUUCAAAGCUGAUCGCCUUCGGGUCAACUUGGAACUGGUUGUCAAUCGCCUAAAACUCUUGGAAAAAAAGAAAACCCAGCAGGCCCAGAAAGCAAGGAAGGAGGUUGUCGGUCAUCUGGCUGCUGGGAAAGAUGAACGAGGUCAGAUCCGAGUGGAGCACAUUAUCCGAGAAGACUACCUCAUGGAGGCCAUGGAGAUCCUGGAGCUGUACUGUGACCUGCUGCUGGCUCGGUUUAGUUUGAUCCAGGCCACAAAGGAACUGGAUUCUGGUCUGGCUGAAUCCAUAUCUACGCUAAUCUGGGCAGCUCCUCACCUCCAGUCAGAAGUGCCUAAGUUGAAAAUAGUAUCAAAUCAGCUGUGUGCAAAGUACAGCCAAGAAUAUGGUGAACUAUGUCAAACCAAUGAGAUUGGAACUGUGAGCUCUCAGCUAAUGUGUAAAUUAAAUGUAAACACUCUACCCCAGGUUCUAGUGGAACAGUACCUGAAAGAAAUUGCUAGGAACUAUAAUGUGCCAUCUAAACCCAAGGCAACCAUUAUGGUUGAAGGCCCAACAGACCUCAUCAGUAUUGGGUUUACCAAGGAUGUCAAGAAAGGUGCCCUUGGCAGAGGAGGUGAAACUGUAGCAGGAACUGGUGAUCCACUUGGGACAUUGCCAAUAUCUGUACCAGGGCCCUUACCUGUGCCAUCCCCAGCUCCUAGUUUUUCAUCCCUUCCUCCUGAAAGACAGAAUGUCUCCUAUAAGAAGAAUGAUUUGCUUUCUUCACUGGUUCCUAGUCCAGGACUCGACCCCCAAACUUCUCCAAAGCCAGAAUCAAGAGCCAGGAUUGGUUUUGAUAACUUUAUGCUGCCUGAAUUGCCUGACGUAAAACCUCAAGCAAGCCUAUCCAUUGACCCUUAUGAUUCUGAAGAAGUCGACUUUGAAGAUCUUGACCGGAGACUUGAAAUACUGAAGAAAACCACAUAAUUAUUAGUCCUGGAUUGAGUAUUUGCCUGGGAAUCAGAGCUCCUGGGCACAAAUUUUAAUAUGGCCACCUGUGUGUGGGUCUGAAGUUUUCUCAUUUACAAUCCCUUCCAUUUCUUAAAUUCUAUGGUUCUCUGUCUGUAAUAAAUGUGUAUGUGUGUCUGUGCAUACACAUAUAA